AGGUAUCUCAUCUUUCUCCAUUUGUCUCUGAUCUUCAAAAGCUUCUCCAGAGAAGAGACAAUGGAUUCCACUCCCAUCAUCAAAACCUCUUUCACCCUUCUCGUAACCCUCUCAUUCCUCCUCCUCCUCCUCCUCACAAAACCGGUUCUCUCCACCCGCGACAUCCACCUCGUAAGCCGCGAACUCCGCGAAAACAUCGACCAACUCUGCAAAAAAACAACAGACCCUGCACUCUGCUCUAAAACAAUCCAAUCCCACUCCACCGAAAACACCGUGGAACCCAUAAAGGCUCUCGACGUGGAAGUGGAGGCCACGCUCGCGGAAGCAAAAAAUGCCCUAAUAAAAAUCCAAUCUCUGGAAGCCAAAGGAGGCGCCAGCAAAUCCACCAAGGACUCCCUCAACGUGUGCGAGGACCAGUACAGCAGCAUGCUCGACGCCAUUGCCGAAACCAAAAAAGCCAUCGCCAAGAACGACGUCAUCACCGCCAAGUUCAAGUUCAGCGCCGUCAUCUCCUACCAGUCCGCCUGCCAGGACACCUUUAAAAGCGACAAACUCCCCUUCAACGAGGACUCCGACGCCGUUUACAAGCUCGGAGGGAUCGCCUUGGACAUCAUUGCUGACAUUGAAAAAUCUCUGCCUCCUCCGCGUCCUACACCCGUUCAAUCUGCCCCUUCUGCCUUCAGCAGCGUCAUCGGAACUGUCUCGUAAGCCGUCUCUCUUCAACACGCUGAACCAGUUCAUGGAGUUUGGCUUUUCUGUCAACCCACCGUGAAUCUCAUCAUGCAGAUUACCAGGCCUAUAACUUCUCUAUUAUGUAACUUUUUUUACAUUCUUUAGCCCAACGAAAGUUUUCAAAGUUUUGGUUUUGGUGUAGGGGGUGAUUGUUCCCUUUUAUAUAUUUUACGUAAUAUUUAAUAAA